AUGGCUCGGACUGGGCUCACAAUUUUUUUAUUCGUCGCGAUAUUACUGCUGGGUCAGAUCAGCGGACAGUCAUCUAGGUCAAAGAACAAAAAGGAUCGGAGGUCUAAGGAGAAAGAAAAAGAUGGAGACCUGAAAUCACAGAUUGACAAGUUGUGGCGUGAGGUGAACUCCUUGAAGGAAAUGCAGGCAUUGCAAACAGUCUGCCUGCGGGGUACAAAAAUCCAUAAAAAAUGCUUCCUGGCCUUUGAGGAAACCAAGCAUUUUCACGAAGCCAACGAGGACUGCAUAGCCAAAGGGGGCACCUUGGCCACACCGAGAGACGCCGACGAGAACGCCUCCCUCCGCGAAUAUGGAAAGAAGAGUCUGCCGGGUGCCGGGGACUUUUGGUUGGGCAUCAAUGAUAUGGUCAAUGAGGGGAAAUUUGUGGACGUCAAUGGAAUUGCUAUUAAUUAUUUUAAUUGGGAGCGGUCGCCGAAUGGAGGCAAGCGCAAAAACUGCGCUCUUCUGACACAGGCUUCCCAAGGAAAAUGGGUGGACGAAGUUUGCCGUAGCUUAAAGAAAUACGUCUGUGAAUUUAUAAUACCCUAG